GCCUAGACAAGAGACCAAGACAGCGAAAUAAAUAAUAAUAAUUAUUAUAAUAUACUGUAUUAAAUGUAUUUAGUAAUCACCAGUUCCACCAUCUUGACUCUCCAGUGCGUCAUAACAUCCUAGAAAGUAGCUUUACACAACGUUCACUUGGUGUUUUAAUCCAAUCCACCAACAAUUGGAUUGACAGCAUUAAAUACAACAGAUAUUUAUAAAUUUUAUUUUUUAUAAUGGAAGUUUUGGAUCCGACAGUUACUCACGACGACGCGCCACUUUGUAUCAAUGAUUCUAUAGAAAAAUCGACAUUAAGACAAAUACCAGAAGACACCAAAUCAUGUAUAAAAGCAAGAUACACAUUAGGAUUCCUAGGUUUUCUAGGAUUUGCACUAGUCUAUGCUAUGCGAGUCAAUUUAUCAGUUGCUAUUGUUUCGAUGGUUAAUCAGACGGCCUAUCCUGAUAAUAAUGACAGCAAUGACACCACUGACGUCUGUCCCAAAAUAACGCCAGUCAAUGGUACAUUUGUUCCUAGUCCAGGAGAAUUUAAUUGGGAUGAUAAGACACAAGGAAUAAUAUUGGGAUCAUUUUUUCUCGGUUACGUAAUUACGAAUGUUCCGGGUGGCCGAAUGGCUGAAAAAGUUGGUGGUAAAUUAGUUUACGGUCUAGGUGUAUUUCUAACUGCUCUAUUAACUGUUGUAAGUCCAUUUGCUGCUUACUGGGGUCUUGGUCCAUUUUUAGCAGUACGAAUUGCUGAAGGAUUUACUGAGGGUGUGACGUUUCCUGCAAUGCAUUCAAUGCUUGCACACUGGGUACCACCUUUAGAGCGAAGUAAAUUUGCAGCUUUAGUUUAUGCAGGUUCUAAUUUUGGUACUGUGAUAUCAUUGCCGCUGAGUGGUUAUUUAUGCUCAUUAGAAUUCUGGGGUGGCUGGCCGUUAGCUUUUUAUCUAUUUGGUACUCUAGGUAUUUUGUGGUACGUAUUUUGGAUGUUCUUUGUCUACAACACCCCGGCAGAACAUCCUCGUAUUGAUUAUCAAGAAAAAUUAUACAUCGAAGCCUGUGUCGAACCCAAUAAUCCGGAUGAUGAUAGAGGCGUUCCAUGGUUAUCUGUCUUGACAUCAGCACCAAUGUGGGCGAUAACGAUAACACAAUGCGGUCAAUCAUGGGCCUUUUACACCCUCUUGACUGAAUUACCCACCUACAUGGAUAGAAUUUUACACUUUGAUGUACAACAAGAUGCAUUUCUUUCAACACUACCUUACUUGACCGCUUGGAUAAUGGGUCUGGUGAUAUCUAAUUUUGCGGACUCGCUUAUCGAAAAACGGAUACUGUCGCCUUUAACUUCCAUGAAAUUCUGGAAUACCGUUAGCUCCGUGGGAGUUAGUUUGAGUUUCGUCGGUGCUAUUUGGGCCGAGUGUGAUCACAUUUGGCUUAUGAUUAUGCUCUCUGGACUGGGCUCACUACAAGGCGCAAUCUAUGCUGGCAAUCAGAUGAAUCAUAUCGCACUUGCUCCGCGCUAUGCGGGUACAUUGUAUGGACUCAGCAAUGCAACAGCUAAUGCAUGUGGAUUCUUGGCUCCGUAUGUCAUUGGUCGACUCAUCGAAGGUCAUGAAACAUUAUCCAGAUGGCAUAUAGUAUUUUGGAUGGCUGCGGGUAUUAAUCUUGCAACUAAUUUUGUAUACUUGAUAUUUGCAUCUGCUAAAGAACAGUCAUGGAGCCGAGGUAACAGAAGUUGAUGAUUGUGUUCAUUUAGAAAUAUAACGCUGCUGCGUCGGUCAUCAAGUUCAACGGCUGUUGAUCGUGUCGCUCUCAGUGCUUUUUAGUUUUAUUUUAUAGGUCGGUUUACAUUUCCUUUAUAAUUUUGUUUAAUCAAUUUAUUUUUACUACUGACUUUUUUUUUUAUUAAAAAAAAAAAAAAUUAAAAAAUCAUUCCGACAAAAAAU